AUGCAUCACAUCAAACAUUCGGACCUCGAAAGCUUCAUCCACAGAGUCCUCGCAGCCAACGGCGUCCCGGACAAGCAUGCUACCAUCGUGGCCAACUGUCUCGUCCAAGCCGACCUCUGCGGCGUAGAUACGCACGGCGCAAACCGCAUCCCCUCAUACAUGCAACGCAUACGCCAGAAAGUCCUAGAUCCCUCGGCAUCCCCAGAGCUGCAGCAGAUCACACCGAUUGCGGCGCUGGUAGAUGGGAAAAACACUUUCGGGUUUGUCGCGGCCCAUCUGGGCAUACAGCGCGCGUGCGAGAUGGCGCGAGAAUUCGGCAUCGGAUUAGUCUCCGUCAAGCACUCAAACCAUUAUGGGAUGGCGGCCUGGCUUGUCCAGCAGGCGAUUGAUGCGGGGAUGAUGUCGCUUGUUUUCACGAAUUCCUCGCCCGCGCUACCGGUUUGGGGCGGGAAGUCGAAACUUAUGGGCGUUUCACCAAUUGCCUGCGGAGCUCCCGCAGGGAAGGAGAGGUCGUUUAUCCUUGAUAUGGCACCUUCAGUUGCGGCGAGGGGGAAGAUCUAUAAAGCGCUCCGGCGCGGGGAGAAGAUCCCCACGGACUGGGCGCUUGACGCAGAGGGGAAGAGGACGGAUGAUCCGGCCAAGGCGCUAGAGGGUGUGAUGUUGCCGAUGGGCGGCCCAAAGGGGUCUGCCCUAUCGAUUAUGAUGGAUGUGUUUUCUGGCGUUCUUUCAGGGUCGGCAUUUGCCGGGCAGGUGACGGGUCCGUAUGAUCCGUCUAAGCCGGCGGAUGUUGGGCACUUCCUGAUGGCUAUCAAACCUGAUUUGUUUAUGAGUAUGGAGGACUUCAAGGACCGGAUGGACUAUCUGUAUCAGCGGGUUGUUGGGUGCGAGAAGAUGGAAGGUGUAAGUCGUAUCUACUACCCUGGGGAGAUUGAGCAGAUUACCCGCGAGAAGCGGUUGGAAGAGGGCAUUCCUUUUACAGAGUCGGAGAUAGAGAAUUUGAAUCGAGAGGCGGAGCUGGUGGGCGUGGAGGAGUUGAGGUUUGACUAG